UCGUUCGGAUUGUGGCCGGAGGUUAGUACUAGAGGGGGUAUUUCAGAAGCACGUGUUAAAAUGUUCAGGGCGCUGUAAUUUGUUGAACAAUAGAUAUUUGCUAUUUUUCCUUAAUUUAAUUGUUCGUUUUCCGCGAGUGCUUUCCGAUUAAUUGGGCAAAAGUGUUUAUUUAACCACGAAAAGCAAGAUGGCUCUUGGUGCGGCAGUGAACGAAACGGAAAGUGAUGGAAAUACGAAAAAUAUGAGCGAAAAUAGUGAGAUAUUAAACAGAACCUCCAACGGGGACAUUCAAGGGACAGAUAAUGAGAAAGAUAAUGAAGUAAAGCAAAUGCAAAAUGGGCAUGCUGAAGGGGAUAAGCUCUCAAAAGAUGCAGAGGAGAAAGAAAAGGACGAAAGUGAAGACAAGAAUAAAGAUGAAGUUGUUUUUAUCCAGGAUAUUGGAUUUUCUGUAAAAAUUAUCAGCCCUGGGGCAGAAGCUUUUGACAUUCAAGUUUCCUCCAUGGAACUGGUCCAAGAAAUCCACCAGCUGCUGAUGGACAGAGAGGACACCUGCCACCGGACCUGCUUCUCUCUUCAGCUCGACGGCAACACGUUGGACAACUUCGCCGAGCUGAAGAACAUCGAGGGCCUGAAGGAGGGCUCGGUGAUCAAAGUGGUCGAGGAGCCGUACACGAUGCGCGAGGCGCGCAUCCACGUACGACACGUGCGCGACCUGCUCAAGUCGCUGGACCCGGCCGACGCCUACAACGGCACCGAGUGCAACUCCUUGAGCUUCCUCAACACCGUCACGCAGGGCGACAUCCUCGAGAAGAAGAAGACGCGGCCGGAGAGCGUCGACUGCACGCCGCCCGACUACGUCAUGCCCGACGGCAAGGAGCGCCCUCUGACGGCGCUGCAGCCGCAGCUCAGGGACCAGAAGGUGCCGCAGUGCGCCAAGGUGCUGACGACGUCGCCGUGGAACCCGCCGCCCGGCCACAGGAAGAUACACGGCGACCUGAUGUACCUCUACGUGGUCACGUUGGAGGACAAGCACUACCACAUAUCCGCCUGCUCCAGGGGGUUCUACAUCAACCAAUCUUCCGCAGAGGACUUCAACCCCAAACCCUCGUCUCCUAGUCAUUUGUGCCAUUCGUUGAUCGAGCUGCUCAACCAAAUAUCGCCGCAGUUCAAGAGGAACUUCAGCAUCUUGCAGAAAAAACGCAACCAACGGCACCCGUUCGAGCGGGUCGCCACCCCCUACCAGCUGUACGCGUGGACCGCACCCACGAUGGAGCACACCGUGGACGCCAUCCGCGCCGAAGACACGUUCUCGUCGAAGCUGGGCUACGAGGAGCACAUCCCGGGGCAGACGCGCGACUGGAACGAGGAGCUGCAGACGACGCGCGAGCUGCCGCGCAAGACUCUGCCGGAGAGGCUGCUGCGCGAGCGCGCCAUCUUCAAGGUGCACAGCGACUUCGUGGCGGCCGCCACCAGAGGCGCCAUGGCCGUCAUCGACGGGAACGUCAUGGCCAUCAACCCCGGCGAGGAGGCAAAGAUGCAGAUGUUCAUCUGGAACAACAUCUUCUUCUCGCUCGGGUUCGACGUCAGGGAUCAUUACAAGGAGCUGGGAGGCGACGCUGCCGCUUUCGUGGCGCCGCGAAAUGACUUGCAAGGCGUCCGCGUCUACAGCGCGGUAGACUUGCCAGGUCUCUACACCUUGGGCACUGUCGUCAUCGACUACAGAGGUUACCGAGUGACCGCCCAGUCGAUCAUCCCCGGCAUUUUGGAGCGCGAACAGGAACAAUCGGUCGUCUACGGUUCCAUAGACUUCGGAAAGACCGUCUUGUCGCACCCCAAAUACCUCGACCUGCUGAACAAGGCGGGCCAGCAGUUGAAAAUCUUGCCGCACCACGUUCUAAACGAGAAAGAGGAAUCCAUAGAGUUGUGUUCCAGUGUGGAGUGCAAGGGUAUCAUCGGUAACGACGGUCGCCAUUACAUUUUGGACUUGUUGCGCACCUUUCCGCCGGACGUCAACUUCCUCAAACUUGAGGAUGACGACCUGAGCAAGGAAGUUAAGCUCCUGGGCUUCCCCAUCGAGCACAAGCACAAGCUUUGCUGCUUGCGGCAAGAGCUGAUCGACAGUUUCGUCGACGCCCGCUACAUGAUGUUCAUCAAGUACGCGGCGUAUCGCUUGCAGAUGCUCAACAUGAUCAAAAACGACGACAAGGAGAAGAACAAGGACGCAACAACCAAGGCCAUAGAGGAAAAGAAGGAAGAUGCCAAAGAUAAGGACGACAACAAGGAGAAGGAGGACGAAGAGAAGAAGAAGAGUCAAAUCGAGGAAGACGAGGCGAAGAAAAUCGUCGAGAGCAUCACCGAUGGAAGCAAAAUGGAGUUAGAAGAAAGCACCAAGAACAUUGUCAAAACAGCUAGUGCGGCUGUUGGUUCUCUAAAAGAAACCGAGUUCGAUAUCAGGUUUAAUCCGGAUGUGUACUCUCCCGGAAUCAGACAUUGCGAAACUCUGGAUCCACCGAUUGCCAAGCAAAAACAACUCGUCAAAGACGCUGCGGAGUUCCUUUUGACGGUGCAAAUCCCCACUUUUAUCAGGGACUGCUUGGACCACUCGUCGGCCCCCAUGGACGGCGUGACGUUGUCGGAGGCGAUGCACAACAGGGGCAUCAACAUCAGGUACCUCGGCAAGGUCACCAAUCUGCUGGGAAAGGUGAAGCAACUCGAAUAUCUGCACAGCAUCGCCGUCGCCGAGCUCAUCCUGCGUUCCGCCAAGCACAUCUUCACCAUUUACCUGCAAGGCUGCGAAAUGAUGAACCUCUCGGUCGCCAUUUCUCACUUCUUGAACUGCCUGCUCUUUUCCGGCGCCGUUGUGAAUCCCCUGCAAGGCGUCGACGAGUUUCAGAGCAAAAACAACAAGAAACGCAACAAGAGGAGGCGCGCGAACCCGCUCUCGUGCAACGACAACAACGAAUGGGCGGCUUUGACCACGAAAUCGUUGUGGAAUCAGUUGAAAGCGGAGCUCAAGGCUUACUUCGACUACGAUUUGCAGUCGAACGACGUCGAUUCCACCAUCGAAACGUACAAUUUGCAGAAAGUUUCCCUGUUGAGGUCGUUCUGCAUCAAAACUGGCAUACAGAUUUUGCUGAGGGAUUACAAUUUCGACUCGAAAAACAAGUUGAUUUUCUACGAGGAGGAUGUUUUGAAUAUCUUCCCAGUUGUUAAACAUAUCAACCCCAGGGCAACGGACGCAUACAACUUCUACACGACCGGCCAAAGCAAAAUCCAGCAGGGCUUCCUGAAAGACGGCUACGAGCUGAUCAGCGAGGCCUUGAACCUGCUCAACAACGUGUACGGCGCCAUGCACCCCGAGAUCGCUCAGUGUCUGCGCAUGAUCGCGCGCCUCAACUACAUCAUGGGCGAGCACGCCGAGGCCAUGGCCUACCAGCAGAAGGCCGUGCUGAUGUCGGAGCGCGUCAACGGCAUCGACCAUCCCUACACGAUCACGGAAUACGGACACCUCGCCUUGUACUGCUUCGCCAACAGCCAGGUCAGCACUGCCUUGAAAUUGCUCUACCGGGCCAGGUAUUUGGCCGUCAUAGUGUGCGGCGAAAGCCAUCCAGAGGUCGCUCUAUUAGACAGUAACAUUAGCUUAAUUCUUCACGCGGUCGGCGAGUACGAGCUGUCGCUCAAGUUCCUGGAGAAGGCGCUGGCGCUGAACAUCAAGUACUACGGAGCUAAAUCGCUCAAGGUCGCCGUCAGCUACCACCUGGUGGCGCGAACGCAGAGCUGCAUGGGCAACUUCCGCUCGGCGCUGAACAACGAGAAGGAGGCGUACGCCAUCUACAAGCAGCAGCUGGGCGACAACCACGAGAAGACGAGGGAGUCGUCGGAGUGCCUGAAGCACCUCACGCAGCAGGCGGUCGUGCUGCAGAAGAAGAUGAACGAGAUCUACACGGGCAAGAACGGCGCCUCGCUGCCGCCGAUACAGAUACAGCCGCCUUCGAUGGGUUCCGUCUUGGACAUGCUCAACGUCAUCAACGGCAUCCUGUUCGUUCAAAUUAGUCAAGAGGAUAUAGAAAAUUUUAAGGCUGAAAUCGAAAAGAGACAACUGAUCGAUGACGCGGAAGUGCAAGAACAGAAAUCGGCCGAGACGACCCCGGAAGCGAUCGAGGCCCAUUAGCGAGGAUCGGUUUUUUGAUUUUUACCUUAAUCAUAAACAAUUAGCUCAUUAGAAUAUAUUGUAGUAAAUGAAACCUUUUGUUAUUUCUUUUACCAAACUGGCAGCGUGCGUCUCGAUGAAGUGCUAGUCAAUAUUAAAAUAAAAUAAAGCAUAAUCUCCAUUAAUUUGUUUUGUACAUACAAAGUUUAUUGAAAGAGUCGAAUGGGACUUUUUUGGACUGACUGAUUUUUAUUCAAACUACACUUUUACUUUACUAAUUUUUAAUAUCAGGCGUGUUUAAUUCUAUUGACAGCUAGGUAGUCUUUCUUUUUUUCUGUUAUUGUUAUUAUUUUUGCAGGGUACCUACGUACUAAUAUUAUGUAGACAAUAAGACUUUGUUGCAAUAUAGAUUUUGGCGCGCGUUGCCGGAUAUGAUUACGUUUCUUUUAUAUGUUGUUGCACUUUUUUAGCAAAGUGCGGUUUUCUAUAACACUAGUUAAAAAUUUUGUAAUCAAAACUUUGUUAUUAAUAAAUAAUGUUGAUUACAUACUCAUUUGUUUCAAUUUGUACCCCAAGAAUUUAUUGA